UAUCGUUCGAUUUUUUUUAAUAUAAAAACCUCCACAAAAAAAGCAAAUCACAUAAUUAGGUUCACAUAAUUUUCAUCGUUGUUUUGUUCGUUAAAAUUUUCAAAAUUUUCAAAAAUGUUUCGCAUUGCAAUGGAUCGUGGUGGUACAUUUACCGAUGUUUUUGCUAUCGGUCCAAACAAACAGAUUAUUACAUUGAAAUUGAUGAGUUCAAAUCCCAGCCAUUAUAAAGAUGCACCAUUCGAAGCAAUCAAAAGAAUUUUGAAUAAAGAAAAUCCUGAUGAUUCAUCAUUACAACCAAAUUUGGAUAUGCUUGAUUCGAUUCGUAUGGGAACAACUGUUGCUACAAAUGCAUUACUUGAACAUAAAGGUGAAAGAGUUGCGAUUGUAUUGACAAAAGGAUUUCGUGAUAUAUUUCAAAUUGGCUAUCAAAAUCGUGAAAAUAUUUUCGAAUUAGAUUUAUCUGAUCCAUUUAUUCUUUAUGAACAAGUUAUCGAAGUUGAUGAACGUAUUAUUAUGUUUGAUGAACAAUGUGAAAUCACUAGAAAUUCAAAUAAUGAUAUACGUUUUGUUGAUGCUAUUACCGGUGAUAAAGUAGGUAUAUUGAAACAAAUUUGUUUGGAUGAUGUACGAAAAGAUUUACAGAAAUGUUUUGAUUCUGGAAUUCGAAGUUUAGCAAUAGCUUUUAUACAUUCAUAUCUUUAUCCGGAACAUGAAUUGAUUGUUGAAAAAUUGGCCAAACAAAUUGGUUUCAAUCAUAUAACAUUAUCGCAUAGAAUAAUGAAAAUGAUACGAUAUGUACCUAGAGGAAUGACUUCAAUACUUGAUGCCUAUCUUACACCACAUAUUCAAUCUUAUAUUGAUAGUUUUUUGUCCAAUUUUAAUGGGAAUUUUGACCAAAAAAAAUUAUUAUUCAUGCAAUCGGAUGGUGGUCUAACAAAUGUAUCGAAUUUUAGUGGUUGUCGAUCAAUAUUAAGUGGUCCGGCUGGUGGUGUUGUUGGUUAUGCAUUAACAACUGUCAAUGAUAUUGGUAAUGAAAAACCAAUUAUCGGUUUUGAUAUGGGUGGAACAUCGACCGAUGUUAGUCGUUAUGAUGGAAAAUUGGAACAUAAAUUUGAAUCAAAAAUUGCCGAUGUUAUUAUACAAUAUCCACAAUUGGAUAUACAUACGGUUGCAGCUGGUGGUGGUUCACGUUUAUAUUUUCGUAAUGGUUUAUUUGUUGUUGGCCCAGAAAGUUCAGGAUCAUAUCCAGGACCUAUUUGUUAUAGAAAUAAUGGUUAUUUAUCGGUUACCGAUGCUAAUCUUUGUCUGGGAAGAUUAUUACCGGAUUAUUUUCCAAAAAUUUUUGGUCCAAAUAAAAAUCAAGGAUUAGAUAGUGAUGCUGUACGAAAAGAAUUCAAAUCACUUUCAAUAAAAAUUAAUGAAUAUUGUCGUAAUAAUGGCCGUAAAGAAAUGACAAUUGAAGAAAUUGCAUUAGGUUUUAUUAUGGUUGCAAAUGAAACAAUGUGUCGACCAAUUCGUUCGAUAACACAAGGUAAAGGAUAUGAUAUAAAAAAACAUGUUUUAACUUGUUUUGGUGGUGCUGGUGGACAACAUGCCUGUUCAAUAGCCCGUUCACUUGGAAUCGAACAAAUAUUUAUACAUAAAUAUUCGGGAAUUCUUUCUGCAUAUGGUAUUGCAUUAGCCGAUAUUGUACAUGAAGAAACAAUGCCUUGUUCAUUAUCAUAUGAACGGAAAAAUUUAAAACAAAUUAAUUCAAUCAUUAUAAAAUUAUCGGAAAAAUGUGAUAAUAUUUUAAAACAAAAAGAUUUCAAUGAAAAUCAUAUUCGUUUUGAAAUUUUUCUUAAUUUACGUUAUGAUAAAACUGAUUUUUCAUUAAUGGUAACCACCUGUUCUGGUAAUGAUAGAAUAACCUUAUGUAAUGAUGAUAAUUUUCGUCAAAAAUUUCUUGAACAAUAUGAACGUGAAUUUGGUUUUAUUAUACCGGAUCGUACAAUCAUUGUUGAUGAUAUACGUAUUCGUUCGAUUGGAUUUAUUGAUGAAACAUAUUUACCCGGUUAUGAUGAACAACCAUCAAUGAAAAACAUUGAAAAAACAAUAACAACAACAACAACAAAAUCAAUUGGAAUAACAAAAUGUUAUUUUGAAAAUAUUGGCUAUAUUGAUACACCGAUUUAUCGUUUUGAUCAUCUACAAUAUGGUGAAUGUAUUCAAGGACCGGCCAUUAUUAUUGAAACAAAUAGUACAAUUUUAAUUGAACCAUUAUGCGAUGCUAAUGUUACUAAACAAAAAAAUCUAUUAAUCAAUGUACAUUCGAAUGUAUCACAAUCAUUGAUGACCACUGAAUUGGAUCCAAUUUAUUUAAGUUUAUUUUCACAUAUUUUUAUGGGUAUUGCCGAACAAAUGGGUUCAGCAUUAAAACAUACGGCUAUUUCGACUAAUAUUAAAGAACGUUUAGAUUUUUCCUGUGCAAUAUUCAGUGCUGAAGGUUAUCUAGUAUCGAAUGCUCCACAUAUACCUGUACAUUUAGGUUCAAUGGGUAAAGUUGUUGAAUAUUUAUAUACCAAUAUUGAAAAUAUGAAUGAAGGUGAUGUUUAUCUAACAAAUCAUCCAUCUGAAGGUGGUACACAUUUACCCGAUUUAACCGUUGUUACACCGGUAUUUCAUGGUAAAUCAAAACCAAUUUUUUUCCUUGCAAGUCGUGGUCAUCAUGCUGAUAUUGGUGGUUUAACACCUGGUUCAAUGCCAUCAAAUUCAACACGAUUGAUUGAAGAAGGAGCACAAUUUAAAUCAUUUAAAUUAGUAUCGAAAAAUAUUUUUCAAGAAGAAAAUCUUAUCAAACAUUUAAUGAUGCCAAAAAAUUAUCCCGGUUGUAGUGGAACCCGAGCUUUGAAUGAUAAUCUAAGCGAUUUAAAAGCACAAAUUGCUGCCAAUAAUAAAGGAUUAAAAUUAGUCAAUGAAUUAAUUGAUCAAUAUGGUUUGGAAGUAGUGUUAGCCUAUAUGAAUCAUAUACAACAAAAUGCUGAAUUAGAAGUACGUGAUUUGAUGCGAAAAAUUGCCAAAGAAAAAUGUUCGAAUAUUCUUAUGGCAAACGAUAUGAUGGAUGAUGGUUCAAUUAUUGAAUUGAAAAUCAUGAUUGAUCCAUUGAAUGGUCAAAGUAUUUUUGAUUUUACCGGUACCAGUGAACAAGUACAUGGAAAUUGGAAUGCACCUGAAUCAAUAACAUAUUCAGCUGUUAUUUAUUGUUUACGUUGUAUGAUUGGUCAUAAUAUACCACUUAAUCAGGGAAUAUUAUCAGCAAUCAAGAUAAUAUUUCCAAAAAAUUCAUUAAUAUCACCGGAUAUAGAUUCGGCUGUUGUCGGUGGUAAUGUAUUGACUUCACAACGAAUAACCGAUGUUAUAUUCAAAGCAUUCGAUAUUUGUGCUGCAUCACAAGGUUGUAUGAAUAAUAUUACGUUUGGUGAUUCGAAUGUUUCAUAUUAUGAAACAGUUGCCGGUGGUGCAGGUGCAACAGCAAAUUGUUCAGGUAGAAGUGGUGUUCAUACACAUAUGACCAAUACAAGAAUGACUGAUGUUGAAAUAUUUGAAAAACGUUAUCCAGUAAUAUUGAAAAAAUUUUCAAUCAAUUAUCAUACAGGUGGAUUAGGAUUGAAUUCAGGUGGUAAUGGAAUUAUACGUGAAAUUUUAUUUCGAAAAAAUUUAACACUUUCAGUAUUGACUGAACGUCGUGUUUUUAGCCCGUAUGGAAUAAAAGGUGGACAAAAUGGUAAACGUGGUAAAAAUUUACUACAAAAAAAUAAUGGAAUCGUUAUCAAUUUGGGUGCUAAAAAUACUAUCCAAGUUAAUGCAGGUGAUGUGUUUCAUCUGGAAACACCUGGUGGUGGUGGAUAUGGAUCGAUGGUGGCGGUGGCGGACAAAUAAUUAAUUUCCAUUUUCAUUUAUCAAUUCUUGCCAUUGUUU